CCUACAAGCGAGAUAUGCCUGCGCGGUUACACGCGUUCACGUCGUGUUUCUGUCAGUAAGCGUUGGACUGCCACCUUGGUGCGAUCCACAACGGGCCUACAGCACGUCACCACGUUGUCACAUCCUUCGAAAGUACGGACACGAGAUUCAAAUAAUAAGUAAACAAAGUUUGUCGCUCGAAAAAGUUUAUUAUUUUUUUUUUUACGAGUCGGGGGAUAAUUUGAAUCUAAUGAAGUAAAUAAAUUUUAAAUCAUCGUCACGGUCCAUCCGAGGGCUUCCGCAGAUUUACCUAAAAAAUGAAUUUGCGUGGGAGCUUGUUCAUUUGGAUGAUCGCUGGGUUUAUUGUCAUCAGUUUAACAACCGACUCUAGUCUUGCUGAUGUUGCAGAUGAGAAUAAAAACGAGCAGAGAGAAGAAUUGUUGGGAGUUGUAAGGACUGCGUCGUCCUCGACAACGGAAAGAAAUUUAGGAGUUGGGAGAGAAUCUGGCGCAGAUUACGGGGAGGAAGAUGGAGAAGAUGAGGACACGGAGGAUGUGGAGCCGGAGGGACCGGAAAAAAAAGUGAGCAAAGAAAAAGAUCACGUGGACGAAUACGAGGAGGAAUUACGGAGCAUAGCUGAGUCACAUGAAGCCAUGUCCAGAGACGAGCGGAGCAAUUCCUCUGACAGUCUAAGUAAUUCCGAGACGAGUGUGUCGUCUCCCAGCGAGACACUAGGCACCAGAAACUUCGACUCGUAUGAGAAAAACAUUGAAGAGAGUUCUGAUGAGAGUAUGACCUCCAACGAGGCAAUCAGCGGCGAAGUUUCUGGACCCAUCGCCCAGGAGCUUUUGAAGUUCAAACGCCAGACGAGUGGAAAAAUUAAACGCGUACCGACCGUAAAAAAGGAAUUGAGUUCACAGAUACGGCUCCAAAGUAACGACACUAAUGAGGAUGCGGUCAAAGGGUCUGUGAGUCAACUUUUGGGUAAAAAACUAACGGCGAGUCGUGAAAAAAUUGACAACGACUUGUUGGAUGACGAUGGGAUUAAUGCCGGGGAAUCGUACCUCGAGAGGAGGUCUCUGGAUGGCGAAAGGGAGGCCGUAGACGAGGAGGAAUAUAUGGAUUUAGAUGCGCCGACGGAAAUCCUUGGAAAACUCGACAAGAGACAGCAAUCCGAUCUCAAGGAUCUCGAGACUUAUCUUGAACCGGCUACGCACACCUCCGAGUUAGAGAAGCUGAGAAAACUUGAGGAACUUCGAGCGGAGGAGUAUAUUCUGGCUGAAAACUUAAUGGAGUUAUUGGUGAAGCUCGCCGAGAAUCCUAAGCGAUGGGAGCGGACUCACAAAUUGCUGAGAGACAUGGAGAACGACCUGGAGCUCUGGAGGGCCUCGGAUUCGAGUAAACGCGGCUACGACUUUCGUCAAACACUCAGCCUGUCGACUGACUCCCCGCUGAUAGAAAAGCUCAAGCCAGAAACGGAAAAGCCAAAGAAAAAAAAGAAGAAAAAGAAGAAGCCACGAUAUCAUCAACUGUCUACAGAGAUGCCAUCAACUUCUACUACUCCAACAACAGUUACCCCUUCUACGACAACGACAACAACUAAAAAACCGACACCAGCACUGACACCCACCCCAACAUCGACAGAAGCAACACGAUGGCGUAUCUUUCCGGAUUUAUUUGGAUCCCCGAUUCGUAGCUCACAGUCUGGCCUGCACAAAGAGCCUUCUAAUUUGGCCAAGAUCCAUUACGCUGUAUCGGGAAAGUACCAGAAGCCUUCAUUGUCCUCUAAUAAUCGGGACGAUAACACUGCCGGUGGAUAUCUGAACGAUGCAGUACCAGGGAUAUUGGAUUCCAGUCAUGGCAUGAGUGUGAGUGCCAGUGGCAAGUAUCCGCUGUCAAGGAAAUUCCACUUUGGUAAGAUAAACACUCAUGAGAAGGACUCACCGCUGAAUCAACAUGACUCAGAGCCGUCGAUUUACCAGGCUGAUAGUGAAGCAACGAUGGGUUCGAGCAGCCCGCGGCUUCUUGAUUACCAGAUGGGGGGACGAGGGGCAUACCAUGAGCAGCCGUCAAGAGCUCGUGCUAGCGACAGGUUCGAUCGAUACAGGCCGCCGUAUGUUGUCAGCGAACGUGUGAGGAAUCAAGCAUUGGAGGAUUAUCAAGACACGCUGGGCUAUCCGAGUAACGAAUUUUCACGUCAUCAAGGCCCCUACGGCAAAUCCUGGAAGUACUCAAAGUACAAUUUGAGCCCGCCUGUCGACCCUUACUACGAAGAUGAGAGGAGUAACUGGGCCACGAGGUAUCGUGCUUGGCAAACUUUCUGGAGACCGAUAUUUGAAAUAGAAGAUGAGGAUGAGGCUAAAAGAAGGAUGCUCUUUGGAAAGUUUCCUUCUUCUUCGUCUUCCUCUUCCGCGUCUUGGUCUCCCGAUAAGAGUAUGCAAAUUCCGCCGUGGCGUUCAAUAGAUGACUCGCCAAGAUCAAAAGGGUACAAUCGGGAACUAGCAGUCGGAGAUAAAAACAAAAAUCAUUCAGAGUUUAAUGAAGCAUUCAAGUCUUCUAAGCAAACCGCGGAUGAGAAUGUCGCCUUACCAAAGAUAACCAUGAAAACUUGGAAUAGUUUGACGUCCGAUCCGGCAACUUGGCCAUUUAAACUCUCCGACGCCAAACCCUGGCCGAAAGAUAAAAACGGAAAGUCAUAUAAUCCGAACGCGGAUCUUGUGAGAAAACUCGGUCUAGACAAGCAAGAGAAAUUGCUAGAUAAAGACGACGAUAAAAAGUCUACAGGCGAUCAAAUUAAAAAUACAAGUAAUAAUAUCAAAGAUAAAAUACCGAGUAAUUCGAAUCCAUGGACCAGUGACAGGAAAAUGUGGCCAAUGAAAAUGUCGCCGAAGAUUCAGUCCGUGGGGGCCUGGGUCAUGCCAGCUGACGAAGCCACUUGGACGUCUUACAAUCAACAGCAGCAACAGCAGCAGCAGUCACUUCAGCAUCCCGGAACGUCUAGAUGGUCAGAGAGACCCAGCAAAGCCAAUUGGCAGAGUAAAUUAACAAACUGGAACGUCGAAUUUGCCAAGCAGCCGAGUCACUCGGGUGCUGAUAGUGCUGGUGGUGCCAGUGCUACAUGGCCACCAAAGUGGAAGCAAUUUUCCUACCACAAGGUUAAUUCUGCGCCAAUUAGUAAGUCUGGUUCGACUCCCGAGGAACCCGGGCCGCGAAGCAGGAACGCAUUUAUUGCCGUCUCGGCAGUGUCGCCCUCAAAAUAUCCAGGCAACGAGUGGAGGAAAAACGAUAUUGAGGAAAAUUUCGUGGAUAAUCCGAUAAGGACAGGCGUUAUUGAUCGCGAUGACCCAACCAGUCAAUUACUUCACAGCCACUGGCAACAUCAGCAGACACAAGUGGGCAAACCCGAGAGGAGAAAUCAAACAGACCCACUGGAAUAUCAACUCGAGGAACUUCGACAAAAUAAUAUAGAGAAACGCAGCGCACCUACGCAGGCCACGUCCACUACUCAGAACACCUCGCCAAGACCGAGCGCCGUCGAAAAACCAACGAAAGUCACUCAGAAGCUCGAAAAGUUCCCAUCGAAACCAAUAAAAGAGUAGAAAGAAAAUAAUAUUAAUUGCAUUAAAUACAAUUGUUAAAUAAUUUAAAUUAAAUGUAAAUGACGAUGACCAAUAUCUAUAUCAAGUCCCCCGUCUCCUGAUCUAUCAUCACCGCGAGUAUCUCCCCGACAGGGAAUACAAACUUGCAAUCUCUGAAAGGAUCUCAAGUCGUCGAAACAUUCCUCGAGUAACUUUAAAUUUAUCCGUUGUAUUAAAUCCGAAGACAAUUCUGGAUUUUACGGCAUUACCAUUCAAAUUUCCCUCUACGGGAUUUUUUUUUGUAUCAUAGAAUCUGAUUAUAUAAUUAAUUAAUUAAUUAAUUA